AUGGCUACUGUCCAAAUCAACGGCAACACAGCCAACCUCGCCAGGCUGCCUGAUAGCGUGCCCAAGGAUGCAGAGAGCACCAAUUUUAUCCUUAUCCAGGGUCACAGUGACUUGACCCCCAGCCAAAAGCAGAACCUGGAGGACAGUAAAGCCAAUAUCCUGGAAUAUGUCUCGCGAAAUACCUACCUAUGUCGAUAUGAGCCGAAAGACCUCAGUGCUAUUCGGGCUAUGGCCUCCGUCAAGAGUGUCAUCCCAUAUUUGCCCAAUUUGAAAACCACUAUAUCUCUCAAGGAACUUAUCGAGAGGGACGACAAAAAGACGCACUAUGAAGUGGACUGUGUCCUUCAUAAGAGCCCCAACGUCAAUGCUGACAACCUGGCAACAUCAAUCGCACUGAAAGCCAGAGUAGAUUUGCAAGAUCUUCAAAUCUCACCUUCAAUCAUCAGAGUCACUGUGCAUCAAGAUAACCUCUCAGAGAUUGCUGAACUUGAUAGUAUCAGCAGAAUUGAAGAGGUGCGGCCAGUGGAGGUGCUUAACAACGAGGCGCGCGGAAUCCUCAAUGUCGAUCUUUUGACCUUGUCAAGCCCUUACGAAGGGGCUAACCAACGUAUCUGCGUUGCAGACACAGGUUUCGACCUGGGAAGGUCAAAUAACGAGCCUGGCGUUGAAGUUCACCCAGCACUUUGUGGGCGUGUUCAGCACUUAGACUCCGUCUGGGCCAAUGACCCCAAAGGCCAGAACUUUACAUAUGAGAAAUUCAUGGACGAAGAAGGUCACGGCACUCAUGUGUGCGCAUCCAUCUGCGGAAGUGGUGUUUACACAACCACUGAGCCAGAGAACGGUACAGUCACUAUCACAGUCAGAGGAACAGCGCCGGCUGCCACUCUUAUGGUGCAGUCUUUGAUGUUAUACAAGCCCGCAGGCAAGUACUGGAAGAUGGAGACGCCGUUGGAUCUGGCUACGCAGCUAUUCAAAAAGCCAUAUAACCUAGGAUUCCGGAUCCAUAAUAAUUCGUGGAGCAAGAACUGGGAUGACGAAACGGGUCAGCUGGGCUAUGAAACCCAAGCAAAUGCCAUCGAUGGUUUCGUCUAUGAUCACCAAGACUUCAUUGUGUUGAUGGCAGCCGGUAAUAACGGCCAAAAGACCGAAAACAAGGGCCAAAUAGGAGCCGCUGCUGCUGCCAAAAACUGUAUCACUGUCGGAUCGACAGGCUCGACGCGACAAAAUGAUGGGCAGAACUUUAUCAAGGUUCAAGACCUUGGAGAUCCCGGAACACAAGUCAACGAAACUGCAAUUUUCAGCAGCCGUGGUCCAACCCUACGCAGAUCGCCCCAUGUGGACGGAUCUGACAACACGUCACCCGCAGUAGGUCGUAUCAAGCCAGACAUUGUUGCACCGGGUGUUGCUGUCCUUUCAGCAGCUUCGAGAGCCUUGAGUCAAAUUUCUCGCAAGAAGAAGACAUGGAGGACUUCGGAUGACAACGAUUGGAUUUAUGCCUCUGGUACAAGUAUGUCGACACCACUAGUUGCAGGCUGUGUCGCUUUGCUACGUGAGGCAUUACAAGAGGGAGGCAAGAAGCACCCAAGUGCAGCCCUAGUGAAAGCUUUACUUGUCAACGGCGCCGUCAAUUAUUCCGAAAGUCUGGGUCUUGGCGUCGGCUAUGACUAUGAACAAGGUUUUGGACGUGUUGAUAUUGACAGUUCCAUCGCUAUGAUCAGACAGUCAUCAUUCAUGGAGGGCGGUAACGCCUUCGAAGCCACCCAAUUCGACGUGCUCCCUUUGCGACAGAUUCCAGCGGCAGCCAGGAGAUGGGCCAGUCCUGAGAUACCGAUUCCUUCUGGUCGGAACCGGCUGGUCGUGUCUCUCGCAUAUCCCGAUCCAGCGUCUAUCUUUGGGGAACUGCAGAAUGAUAUCAACCUGUAUGUUUUCUCAGCUGGGUCUGAGCGACAUGGCAAUAUGGGGAAGAGCUCUGGGCUCGACCAUACUAAUAAUGUUGAGAAGAUUAUAUGGGAGAAUGUCCCUGGAAAGACGUUCAAGGUUGUCGUUUCCAUAAAUAACAACCUCAAACCAAAGGAUCCAGCAGCAUUCGCAGUUGCCUGGGAUAUUCGUCCUCUGGCAAGAUUGUAA